AGGACGAAAAUACAAGAAACGUAUACUCAGUCGUAACAGCGACACUACGUAGGUAUUUAAGCCGGUAACGUGAUAUUUUUCACUCCGUAAACUGUUUUAUCCUUUGCUCUGGCGUUUUGUUUACCCGUGGGAUUAACGGGUAAGGCUCGGCUGUCAACCAAAGUGGAUUAUUUUGCUCUCGGUGGAGGGCAGCCAUGAUGGCGUCAAGCUAUAACGCUAAGGAAGAGGACGGACACCACUCGGGAGCUGCGACCCACGGUGUGGUGGGGGCUGCGAAGAGCAAGAAGCCGGAUAAUACAGCGUUCAAACAGCAGCGACUGCCCGCCUGGCAGCCCAUCCUGACGGCGGGCACGGUGCUGCCUGCCUUUUUCGUCAUCGGCCUCAUCUUUAUCCCGAUCGGCAUCGGCCUGUAUGUCACGUCAAACAACAUCAAAGAGUUCGAGAUUGAUUACACGGGCGCGGACAUAAACAGUCCGUGUUACAACUGUGCCCAGAACCUCAGCUGGAACAGCACAUCGCAGUGUCACUGCUCCUUGAACUUCACACUGACACAGCCAUUUGAGAGCACCGUCUUCAUGUACUACGGGUUAUCUAACUUCUAUCAGAACCACAGGCGUUAUGUGAAGUCCAGGGAUGACAGCCAGUUAAAUGGAGAUGUGUCUUCUUUGAUGGACCCCAACAAGGAAUGCGAACCAUAUCGUAAAAAUGAUGGCUUGCCCAUAGCUCCAUGUGGGGCCAUAGCAAACAGCCUUUUCAAUGACACCCUGACGCUGUAUUAUAUUGAUUCUAAUGGCACAAAAAAUCCAGUUUCGAUGGUAAAGAAGGGCAUUGCUUGGUGGACAGACAAGCAUGUUAAGUUCAGGAAUCCUGGUGCAAACGACAACCUUACUGUGGCUUUCCAAGGCACAACUAAACCCAUAAACUGGAGGAAUCCAGUAUAUGAGUUGGACCCAUCAGAUCCUGACAACAACGGCUUCAUUAAUGAAGACUUAAUUGUGUGGAUGCGCACGGCUGCCUUGCCCACCUUUCGCAAGCUUUAUCGCAUCAUCCAGAAGAAGUCUGGCACAACCCCAACACUCUCCAGUGGCAAUUACCUCUUGAACAUAACGUACAAUUACCCCGUGCUCAGCUUCGCUGGCCACAAGCGGAUGAUUCUGAGCACCAUCUCCUGGAUGGGCGGGAAGAACCCUUUCCUAGGAAUCGCCUACAUGACCGUAGGAUCCAUCUGUUUCUUCCUGGGUGUGGUCCUGCUCAUCAUCCACCACAAAUAUGACACUCGCAACACUAGCGCAGACAUUCCAAACUAAGCGCCGCUUGUGUUGCGUUUUCCCACCUUCCUGUGCAUGGUUGACCCUCCAGGGUCUGUUCUGGACUGCUUGCUGGUUUAGCGUGUAUACACUGGUCUCUUUACACAUCUGCUGCACGUUUGUGUAAAGGCAGCAGCUGCUUAUCAGAAGCUUUGUUCAUUUGUGAUAUGUUUGAAGUUGGCCGCUGAGAAUGUUUUUUGUUAUUUUUUUAUUUAUCUAAAUGUCAAAGAACCCGUGUUUCAUUUUAGCGAGUUGUGAAUGGCUAAACAAUUGAAGGCUGUAUGUAUUUUAAGUUUUGUCCAUAUUCUGUACUAUUAUAUGUCCUGCUGAAGAAUGUAUCGUAAGAUAUCAUCGACAUACCUCUGGUUUUUGAGAUGACCUUGAAUAUAUGAGUCCUUAAUAUAUGAGUCCUUGCUUGUAUGCUGAUAAUUAUGGGAACCAAUAAUGUUUAACAGUGACAAGUAUUUUAUGCUCGAGAUGUCAUAAAGCACUGAUGACAAAUCGAACCAAAACUGUAAAGGGCGACUUGGUUGUGUUAACAGGCUGAGCCAGUCGUAAGGCGUCUUUGUAUUUAAAUUAUUGCACAUACUCAUACAAUCUAAUGCUUAUUAAAAUAGAAAUAUAAUCCUAUACAAUUAUAUAAAUUAUACAACUCUGGGAAAUGUAUGUGGCAGAACACAAAUCUAGUUAAUUUCAGUUUCUGGGAAUUUAAAGUCAAAGUUGACCAAAUAGUUUUUUUCAUCAUUCAUUUGUCGUUUGUUAGUUUUUCCUUGUUCUUCACUUCAUCUUUUUUCUUUGCAUUAGGUUACUGAUUUGUUAAUUACAAAAUAGUUUUAAGUUUAAACUUUAUGGGGUUUUAUAAAGAUUGAAUGGUGCAUUAAACAAACUUGUUCAGUG